AAUAAAAUUGCAUUUUAAUUUUAGAAAAAAUGACAAAGCUUUGGGUUGGUCGACUUUUGGUAGACCAGCAGCUUUCGAUUGAAGAGUAUGAGAAUAUUCCUCAACCUAGGCUAGAGCUCCAUACUCAUGUACUGUACAAGGGAAUUCAGGUUGGUCUGGUACUAGGGAUGGGCGUGAUUGGACCAAUAGUUGGAUAUAGAAAAGGAAAAUCUUUAUCCUCUGUCAUGCAGUAUGCUGUCAAGGGUGGGAAAAUCGGUGCCGGUGUGAUGAUUCCUCUAGCUCCAAUCAUGACUGAGUUGACCAUUAGAGGAAACGAACAAGAGAGAAUUUACGACAGAGCAUUCAGAUUGCGUCAUCAUGAAACACAGUUGCGUGCUGAUCGUUGGAGUACAUACGGGUGUUUGUCUGGUACAAUACUAUCAGCUGUUUCUGGCUCCACACUGGUAAGUGAUUUAUGUACAUUAGUACAGCAUUUAUGAUUCUAGCGUUUACUU